AUGGUUUUGCUCGACGAAAAUGGAGGAAAAAUACACGCCUCGAUUAAGAGGGCUCUUGUGUCUCGAUUUGUGAAUUUGCUGAAGGAAGGAAUAUCUUACCAAAUAAGAUAUUUUGGUGUUGGACUCAAUGAGGAUAACUUUAAGACUACACAUCAUGAAUUUAAUUUUGUGAAUUUUGACACUCUUAAUGCUCCUGGGUACGAUUACACCUACUUAGUAGAUGUUAUUAGAUAUCUUGCUGGAAUUGGGAGUGAGAGGACUCUUGAAAAGGAUGACAAAUUUACCAAGUACACUAUUAUUGAAUUAGAGAUUAAUAAUGGAAAAAUAAUGGAGUGUGCACUUUUUGACAACUAUGCACAUGAAUUAAAUGAUUUUUUGGGAUCCGGCAAUAAAGAUGGAGCUGUUGUCGUCUUAGAAUUUGUUAGACUGAAGUUAUAUAACGGAAAAAUUGUUUUACAGAAUUUCAUGUAUGGUACAAAGAUGUUCUUCAAUCUUGAAGAAGCAAAUAAAGGAGAUCUAUCGGAUACACCUACACUUUUGCUCAACCUAAUUGAUAAGACCUUCCUCUUCAUCAUUGAAGUUCAAAUAUCUGAUAAUCCAGAUUUUUCACCUUCUUAUAAAGUUAAGAUGACUGAUAAUGUGGACCUCAUAAAUAAAUUCGAAAAGGCUCAUCCUAUUCAAUUUGUGAGUACAGUUAUAAGUGAUGUUGACUAUACCGGUGGUUUGCUUAGCUUCCAACUUCAAAGGCAUCCUCAAUCAUUGAAGGGAAAAAAUCAAGAUGAAGGUGAAACGAAGAGAUUUACUAAUUGGAUACUUGAUGUUAGAAAUGGAAAUAUUGGUUCUGUUGUUGACGAUGAAUCAGAAAUUGAAAUUUCAGAUAAUCUAUAG